AAAAAAUACAAAAAAAAACCCAGCAUUUUUGUAUGCACAUGAUUGGAUGAUUCCAUCAAAGCUUCUGCUCAUUUACGAAGCUCUGGAGAAACUGCACUUGCAAAGUGCAGUCCAGGGGCGGACUGACCAUUCGGGAAAUCGGGCACUGCCCGAGGGCCCGGGGUCAGUAGGGGGCCCCAUGAGAUGCCCCUGGUAGCUUUCAUAGGCUUUUUUUGGUGUGGGCGAGGACACAGGGGCCCCAUGAUCCCCUAUUGCCCGGGGGGCCCCAGGAGUUGUCAGUCC